UAUGUGACGAAAUCAAUUGUGAAUUUUAUAAAUAAUAAUAAAAUGUCCUUUUACAACGAAAUAAGUGUGAAGAACAACGAUCAUUGGAAAAUGUCAAAUGUUGAAGAACAACAAGAUAGUUGUUGUAUUCAACAGCCACCUGUUUAUUCUCAAAGUAGUGUACGAUUAGGUUCAACUAGCUCUAAUAUAUCGUUCUCAAAUAAUGAUAUAUGUCGGAUAUGUCAUUGUGAAGCUGAUGCACAGAAUCCUUUGUUGGCACCAUGUUAUUGUUCUGGUAGUUUAAAGUAUGUUCAUCAGGCAUGUUUACAACAAUGGUUAACGGCAUCAGAGACACGAUCCUGUGAAUUAUGUAAAUUUAAUUUCAUUAUGCAUACCAAAAUUAAACCAUUCAAUGAGUGGCGAAGAUUAGAAAUGUCAGGCGUUGAAAGAAGACGUUUAUGUUGUGCAGUAUUAUUUCAUUGCGUGGCUGCGUUAUGUGUGAUAUGGUCUUUGUUUGUUCUCAUUGAUAGAGCAACAGAAGAAGUACAAAAAGGACUUAUAGAUUGGCCUUUUUGGACAAAAUUAGUAGUUGUAGCAGUGGGUUUUACGGGUGGAGCUGUAUUUAUGUAUAUUCAAUGUCGACAAUAUUUACAUUUAUGUUAUCGUUGGCGCGCACAUAAUAGAAUAAUUUUAAUACAAAAUGCACCAGAAAAAAGUGUGGCACCACCAUCACCAACGUUUCGUGUAUCAAUUCGUCCAAAUGCCAUUGCAAAUACUAGACAAACGUCCAGUCGACCAGCACAAGUAAUUGCAAAUAUAGAAAAUAAUAGUUUAAACAAUUUAAGUCAUGAGCCAACUCUGGGCAACACUCCAUCAUACCAUGAAGAUGUUAGCGAAAUACCAGGUAGUUCACAAAUUGCCAUUAUUGCAAAUGUGAUACCCAAACAAAAUAUCACAUCUAUCAAAUUAGAAAGUAGUUAUGUAUUUGGUGAAAAAAAUAAUUUAGAAUCGAAUAUUACACAAACAAAUACUGAAAAUGUAACUCCAACAUUAACUGCUGGUAGCAGUGAAGAAGAUAUACGUUAUGCUUCAGUUCAGCCAUAUAAUAUUAUUGAAUGUGCGGGGGGCGGCGGAGCUGGAGACAGACAGAAAGCUCAAAGUAAAAGUUCAAAUGAAUCAACAUCCAAAGAUUCACUUCAAAAAACUGAUUUUGAUCCAUUGGAAAUUGAUAUUCAAGAAAUGUUAGCUUUAGAUAUUGAACAUUCAAAAUCAAGAGUUGGCAAAAAUUCUAUGAUCUCAUUACAUGAUGUACCGAAUAGAACCAAUUUUGAUAAAAAUAAAUCAUUAUUUAAAUCGUUACCAAAUUUAAGUUCUAGUAAUGAAAAACUUUUACCAUAA